AACAGCGCAAACGGACUAAGAAGAUGCCUAGGAAGCAGCCCAAACAAGAUGCAAGGAAAAAGGAAUCUAAAAAAGAAUGUGCAGAAGAUGGCACAUCAAUGCCCAUUCCUCUGCUAAAGGAUUUGUUGAAGUCGUGUCUUGAAAUGCUUCCAAGGGAUAUGCAAUCUUCAGCCAUCAUAGCCGUGGAUCUGGCUCAAUGGGAGAUAGCAAGUAAUGUAAAGCGCAUCAUUAAUGACCACGUGAUCAGCGUUGCCACAAAUAUGGUGAGUCAGUUUCAAACUGAUCUUGAUCCCAAUAAAUCUGCUAGUAGUUCUAAGGAUCCAAUGACGUCCCUGGGUGUUGAUGCCAAUAAUUCUGCUGGUAAUUCUAAGGAUCUAGUGACGCCCCAAGAUGUUGGUUCGCCAUAUAUUGGGGAUCUAGUGAUGACCUCCAGGGACAGUGCUUCUACAUUGCCAUAUAUUGGGUAUCCAGUGAACCCCUCCAGGGUCAGUGCUUCUUUACCGCCAUAUCCUUUUCUUUCCUCCCGUCUUUCCGCUAUAGAUGCGGUGAAAGUUCCUGCUUCUGCAGCACGUAUUCUUUCAAGCAUAAGGAAGAGGAGGUGCGGUAAGAUCAAGAUGUCUGCAGUUGAAUGGCCAUAUGCUUGCAAAGAACUAUCUCAAAGGUUUAUUGAGUUAGCAGCAAAUAGAAAUAUGAUAGAGCAAGAGAAAAAAUAGUAGCCAGGGAUAGAGGACGAGAGAGAGACACUGUAGGGGAUAGAGAAGGAGACAGGGAAAGGGGAAGAGACACUGCAGGGGAAUGUGCAAAACAUUCCCAAACCCAUGAUUAGGCAGUCUGUAUGGCAACGCAGGAUCAGUUCGCAAAACAUUUUUAGUAAAUAUGGAAGACCACCAUUUGCAUCUCCAGUGUUUAGUGAACGUGUUGUGCCGACAAAAGAUAUGGCCAAUGAGACCAUCAGUCAUUUGUGUUCUAGCAAGACUUUACCUGAAGAAGAGACAUUGAUACGUAUCAGAGGGGUGAGCAUCUCUAAAAAUGCACUGACCGGGCUGUUCUUGAACAAUGAGAAGAUAAGUCUGGACAUCAUGAGAGCAUUCCUAAUAUGCUUCAGAUCUGAUAACCAUUCUAGAACAAAAUUCUUUUUCCUGCCACAAUCGAUGGAGUCUAUUGAGGGUGGGGAAUUAGAAAGAGAUUUUCUACAAGCUCUGGAUCAGGAUAUGAGGUCCAAACAGUCAGUGCGGAAUUCUCGGCUGAUAUUUAUCCCUGUGAUCACCGGUGAUGGCCGUAUAUUUGUCUUUUGUUACAAUUCAAAGCACGUUAAGUUAGAGUUUCUAAGCUGCAAAAAUUCUGAUGAAUCCUGGUCUGAAGGUGACACCAUGUGCAAUACCAUCUUUGACAAACUAGAAUUUGCUGUAGACAUGAAUGGGGUGCUAUCCUGCCAUAGAAGGAACUGUCAUGUUAAUUGGUCCUCUCACAUGGAUAAGAUAUCUGAUAGUAGUUUAUUGGCCUUACUAUUUAUGGAGCACUUCUGUGGUGAGGGGGAUUGGCUGAAGGAUGAUAUGAUUACAGAUUAUAAAGGUAUAGUUGUGCGUUACCUUUUAUACCACAAAUUAAACGAAGUGGCCCUGCCUGAGGAGUUCCCUCGGUCGCUGCCCCAGGAGUUUAACGAGCCACUUACCAAUAUGCCGGGGGGUGUCGCCAGGUGCUUAAGAAAGAAGAGGAAAAUACUAGAGAAGGGAACUAUGACAAAUAGGAAAAGACUAGAGAAGGAAACUAUGACAAAGAAGCUGAAAAUGCAGACUGGGAAGUCAAAUCCAAAGCCAAGGCAGCAGGCGGCAACAAAGAAUUUGUAGAUUGGGAAGGGAAAUCCAAAGACAGGGCAGCAGGCGGCAACAAAGAAUUUGCAGACUGGGAAGGCAAAUCCAAAGACAAGGCAGUAGGCGGCAACAAAGAACUUGCAGACUGGGAAGGCAAAUCCAAAGUCAAGGCAGCAGGAGGCAACAAAUAAAACCAAGUGAAGGAAACAGAAGGCAAAGUAGAAAAAGAAUGCGAAGAGCAAUGGCUGCGGAAGUAGGUUGGGACCCUUUUUUCAUGUAAACAGUGCAGGUGGUUAAGCCCCAAGUGUGGGAGUUGGCGUGAAACCUUUUGUUGUGUACAUAGUGCAGGUGGUUAAGACCUUUUGUUGUGUA